GUUCCAUAGAAAUGUAUCUUGAGGAAUAAAAAAAAAAAAAUAAUAAAAAAAAAUAAAAAAAUAAAUAAAAAAAAUUACAUCCUCCGUGAAUUAGUUAAUUUUUGCUUUAAAAAUGCAAGGCGUGAAAUUAGUGAUUUAGUAUCUCAAAUACCACGCAACGUUGCCCACAUUUAUUCAAGUGAAUUUUUAAUGCGAUAAUUCUAUCAUUCCAGAAGUGAAAGUCGAACAAUAAAUUAAUCAUGUUCAUUGGCAGGAUAAAUAGUCCCUUAGUAAUACAGUUUUGUUUAUUACAAAAUUAGAUUAGUAGGGUCCAGAGAUUCGGCCUGGAGGGUCAGCGCUUGAGGCAGGGAGCAAAAGUAGCCCUUCAUCCAGAACCACAGUACGAGCACUGAGACAGGCUCAAAGAGCAAAUGAAUAAGUACAAGAUCGAGAUAAUCCUAUGCGAUUCGCAGACCGGAAAGGCGAUCUUCGCUGAAAAUGUCCUCAGACGAGCGGUUGGUACCUCGAGAGUACCUGGUAGGUCUUACAGGCGCCAAUAGAUGGUAGCUGGAAAGAGGGUGAGGCAUAAGCGAAAAGGUGACACGGAUAUAAGAGAACAGUCUGCGCCAUUUUGUAGCACCACUAGAUUUUUAUCGACGUGCGUCGUGUCACAAAUCACAAAAUCUGUUCCUUAAUUGUAUUACAGUUAACGUUUGUAAAAUAGGAUCACGUCAUAGAAACUUUACAAAGAAAGAACGCAAAAACAGCGUGUUUGUUAGUCUUUGGUGCCAUCACGAUAAUUCAUUGGUGCAACAAAGAUCUUUCAUCUUCUGACUUUCAUAAUUGUUCUUUGAUUGGAUAUUCCCUAAUGUUAGAAAUGUUUGCUGAAUUUGCUUCCUUAGAUGAUAGUCUAAAAUAUUAUCUAAGUUUACUUUUUCUUUCCUGAAAUGUAUAUUCUAAAAAAAAACAACAUAAUGUUUCUGUCAACAUUUAAAAGAGAUGUCGCUAUUACAUCUGAAAGUCCUAGAAACAUCAAACGUAAUAUCAACGGAACAGCUAGGUAAAAUCAUUGAAGUAUUUUAAUUUGCAUUUUUAUAAUCAAACGUUUUCCUGAAUGGCAUUUGCCCUUUGGGGGGCACAAGACAUAAAUCUUUCUGAAAUUCUUCUUUGACGUUUUAGAUGAGCACAUAUAAAUGUUAUGUUUCUUCGGAAGUAGUGUGCAUUUCACAAUACUUUCAUUUGUGCUAUGAAUAAAAUCACACGUCAGCCUGUUUACGAACUAACUUCAAAGAUUGUAUAUUCAACUUUGAGUGUCAUGCGAUGCACUAAGUGAGAAACAAAGACUUUAUUUCUGUUCCAAAAUAAAACUCCAUGAACUACAUAUCAUAGAUGAAAGUGUGUCAGAAAAGAUGCCUCUUAUUCCGUAUUCAACUCACGAAGUUAAAUUUAUAUUCAAAAUUGUCUACUCAUUGUAAGAAUCAAAACCUGUAUUUUGCAUUCAUCAUCUACUUCGCAUUCCUUGCCAGCUUCUUCUGGCUGAAUGUAAUGUGCUUGGACAUAUGGUGGACAUUUAGUGGUUUUCGCCCGAUGCGGGGAUCCGUGAAAGAACGAGAGCACAAGAAGUUCAUCAUUUACUCCUUGUAUUGUUGGGGAUCACCUCUCAUUAUGCUUAUUAUAUGCAUGGUGAUGGACUUACAUCCAGAUAUUCCAGAUUCAUACAUUAAACCUGGAUUUGGAGAACUGAAAUGCUGGUUUAAAAGCAAUCUGGGUAAUUUCAUAUAUUUCUCAGGACCAAUUGCUAUUCUUAUCAUCUGCAACAUCAUCCUUUUCAUUCUGACAGCAGUAAAAAUCCAGCAAGUUAAACGGGGGACCAAGAUCUUAAAGAAACAAGAUAGUAGGCGACACAAUGAGGAAGAAGAAAAUAAUGCACAAAGAUUCAAUUUAUAUUUCAAGCUGUUUUUGGUAAUGGGAGUAAACUGGAUCAUGGAAAUUGUCUCCUUUGCAGCUGGAGGCCCUGAUGAAUAUUGGUAUAUUACUGAUAUUGCCAACACAUUGCAAGAUAGGAUUAGGAAACUACUUAUGGAGAGAUUCUGCCCAGGCCGAGCAGCAAAUACUAACAGUCUUAAUAAUUCAAGUAGCACACGCACAACUGGUAUACGUCACAAUGGAUCCGUCAUGUCUAGCCACCGACCUUCCUUCAAGAAUAAAGAUGAUUACCAAAUGAAAACCCUAACAUCCCCAUCGGCACGUUUAUAA